AUGCCCACCAAACUUUCCAUCCUCGUCUUCGUCGCCUCACCACUCGACUACGCCCGCUACAGACAUACAGCCCUAUUCUUCGAAUUCUCGCCACAAGCAGAUGCAGAAAACCACUCACAGAAAGAUCAAUACCGGGAUCAAGAUCCCAACCCAGCUACAGAGUAUAUCAAAUCCUCCGUAAUGGAGGUAAUAGGGUCACCGGGAUUCUUGAGUUUCGCCGAGCGCAAGAAUUGGGAUCUACCUAUUUCAUCUACAGAUCUGGCUCGCGUAGUCCCAAUAGCAACACUCUCCGAUAACAUACCGAUAUCACAGCUUCGUGCUACGGUUUCUGAAACUCCCAUUCGGGAUCGAGAUGGGGAUAGGGACUGGAAUAGUCAAAAUUGGGUUGGGGAGGCGCUUGGAAGACUUGUCACGGCUGGGUAUCUGGAUGCGGGGGUAAUGGAUCGGGGAUUGGAUGCGAUGGUUGAUGCGGUUAUGGAGGCUGAGGAUGAGGAGAUUUUUGUUGAGAGGUAA